AUGAUCGACCCAACGCGCGGCCUGUUCAAGGUCCCCACAAAGGAGGAGCGUAUCGCCGCUCGAGCGGGCGCGCCCUUGAACCCCUUCAAGCUCCUUGGUAUGAUGAACACGAUGCAGACGCUCAUGUUCUUCUCCGGCUACAUCGCCUGGACUAUGGACGCCUGGGACUUCUUCUCCGUGUCUCUCAAUGUCUCUCGCCUCGCAACGGCCUUUGACAAGGAGCCUACCCAGAUUACCACAUCCAUCACCUUGACGCUCCUCUUCCGCUCUCUGGGAGCCCUCAUCUUCGGUGCCAUCUCUGACCGUUACGGCCGCAAGUGGCCCCUCGUUGGCAACUUGCUCAUCAUUGCCGUCCUCUCGCUCGGUACUGGCUUCUGCAACUCCUUUGGGGCUUUCCUUGCUGUACGAUCCCUCUUCGGUAUCGGCAUGGGUGGCAUCUGGGGUCUCAGUGCCGCCACCGCCCUCGAGAAUGCGCCCGCAGCAGCCCGUGGUCUCCUCUCCGGUAUCUUGCAACAGGGCUACGCCUUCGGCUACCUCCUCGCCGCCUCUGUCAACUUGAGCCCCUGGAUGGAGCGAACCCAGAACUGGCGUAUCCUCUUCUACCUCGGCGCUGGUCUCUCCCUCUUUGCCGCACUCGUACGAGCCGCCCUCCCUGAGUCGGAUGUCUUCAAGCGUGCAAAGCUGGAGCGAGAGCAGAACCCAGAGGAGUACAACGACGGGGAGAGCAAGACGAAGCGUUUCCUCAUCGAGUUCAAGAACAUGCUCAAGACGCACUGGUUCAUUUCCAUUUACGGUAUUCUCCUCAUGACCGGAUUCAACUUCCUCAGCCACUCGUCCCAGGAUCUCUACCCGACCAUGAUCCAGAAUGUCAAGCUCGCCUUUCUCCCCAAGGCUGCGGCGAGCUUCAAGGCCUCGCAGGCGACCAUUGUGGGCAACUGCGGCGCCAUUGCUGGAGGACUGAUUGCUGGCUACAUUUCGCAAUACCUCGGCCGUCGCCUCACCAUCGUCGUCUUCGUCUUCGUCUGCGGCUGCCUCAUCCCUGCUUGGAUCCUCCCCAACACCUUCUCCGGCCUCGCCGCGGGUGCCUUCUGGAUCCAGUUCUGCGUGCAAGGAGCUUGGGGUGUCAUUCCCAUCUACUUGCAGGAAAUCUCCCCUGCAGCAUUCCGUGCCCUCUGGGCUGGUCUUGCUUACCAGCUUGGUAACAUGGUGUCGUCAGCCUCUGCCCAAAUCGAGACCCGUGGUGGAGACAACAUCCGCAUUCGCAACCCCAAGUGCCCCAUCGGUGCAAACGGCGUCAUUACCUGCCCAGCAGCUACGCCUCCCCUCUCUCCCACUCUUCCCGACUACGCGACCGUCUCUGGCAUCUUGUUGGGCGUAGUCUGUGCCUACCUGCUCAUUGUGGUCACCUUUAUGGGCAACGAGAACCGCGGCUCGCACUUCGAGCAGGGACCUGUGGCUACAGCUCGUGGAGCGGGCAAGGUGCACCAGGAGGACCUCGUUGGUGGACCGGGCGUGGGUAUCGUUGGCGUUCCCGCUGCGAGUGAGCGUGGAGGCUACUCGAAGGGAGACGACAUCGAGCAUGUUGGAGAUGCGCGUCAGCCUGGCGCUCACGAUGACUCGAGCGAGAAGUAUUCGCACUAA